GUUGGUCUGCAGCAGCUUCAAGAAGAGCAUAAGGAGAGUCUGAGGAGGAGAUGUGAACGUGUGACUGAAGGAAGUGAUGAAGCAGGAGGAGGAAGCCUCCUCAACAGGAUCUACACUGAGCUCCACAUCACAGAGGGACUCAGUGAGGAGCUUCAGAGGGAACCUGAGCUGCAGCAGCUGGAGACAGCUUCCAGGAAGGAGAGCCUCCAUCACACUGCCAUCAGGGUUCAGGACAUCUUCAAAGCCUGGGCCCAGCAGCACACACACAUCCGAGUGGUUGUGACCAGCGGCGUGGCCGGCAGCGGAAAAACCUUCUCGGUGCACAAGUUCACUCUGGACUGGGCCGAGGGCCUGGAGAACCAGGAUGUCAGUGUGCUGGUGGUGCUCUCUUUCAGGGAGCUGAACCUGAUCAGAGAGCAGCCCUACAGUCUUCUCACACUGCUCGGAGUUUUCCAUCCCACGCUCCAGAAGCUGACGGCAGAGGAGCUGGCCGUCUGCAAGCUGCUGUUCAUCUUUGACGGCCUGGAUGAAAGCAGACUUUCUCUGGACUUCAGCAGCACCCAGCUCAUCAUGGAUGUCUCACAAGAGUGUUCAGUCAGCGAGCUGCUCACAAAUCUCAUCCGGGGGGAUCUGCUGCCCUCGGCUCGGGUCUGGAUCACUUCCCGACCGGCGGCGGCCCAUCAGAUCCCUCCAGCAUGUGUGGACAGACUGACAGAAGUGCGAGGCUUCACUGACGCCCAGAAGGAGGAGUACUUCAGGAGGAGGCUGAGUGAUGAGGAGCUGAGCAGCAGGAUCAUCUCCCACAUCCAGACCUCCAGGAGCCUCCACAUCAUGUGUGGAAUCCCAGUCUUCUGCUGGAUCACUGCUACAGUUCUGGAGCACAUGUUGAGCAGCGAGCAGAGAGGAGAGCUGCCCCAGACCCUGACUGACAUGUACUCCCACUUUGUGCUGGUUCAGACACACAGGAAGAAGCUCAAGUACCAUGAAGGACCUGAGACGGGUCCACAGGAGCUGACGGAGGCUGACAGGGAGGUUCUUCUGAAGCUGGGCAGGAUGGCCUUGGAACAUCUGGACAGAGGAAACAUCCUGUUCUACCAAGAAGACCUGGAGCAGUGUGGUCUGGAUGUGACUGAGGCCUCGCUGUACUCUGGAAUCUGUACUCAGAUCUUCAAGAGAGAGUCUGUGAUCUUCCGGAAAGCCGUCUACAGCUUCAUUCAUCUGAGUGUUCAGGAGUUUCUGGCAGCAGUCUACAUGUUCCAGUGUUUCACCAACAGGAAGACAGACGGACUGAAGGCCUUCUUUGGAGAGGACUGGAAACACAUGGCCCUGGACAACUUCCUGAAGGUCAUCCUGCAGAAAUCUCUCCGAAGUCAGAACGGCCACCUGGAUCUGUUUGUCCGUUUUCUUCAUGGCCUCUCUCUGAAAUCCAACCAGAGACUUUUAGAGGAUCUGCUGGGUCAGACAGAGAUCAGUCCAGAAACCAUCCAGAGGAUCAUCCAGAACCUGAAGGAGAUCAGCAGUAAUGAAAUGUCUCCUGACAGAAGUGUCAACAUCUUCCACUGUCUGAUGGAGAUGAAGGACCUCUCGGUACAUCAGGAGAUCCAGAAGUUCCUGAAAUCUGAGAACAGAUCAAGGAAGAAGCUCUCUGAGAUCCACUGCUCAGCUCUGGCCUACAUGCUGCAGAUGUCAGACCAGGUCCUGGAGGAGUUGGACCUGGAGAAGUACAACACAUCAGUGGAGGGACGACGGAGACUGAUCCCAGCUGUGAGGAACUGCAGGAAUGCUCGACUUUCUGGCUGUGAACUCUCCGAUUCUCACUGUGAAGUGAUCUCCUCAGCUCUGAAGUCUGAUCCCUCCCAGCUGAAACAUCUGGACCUGAGUGGCAACAAGAUGCAGGAUUCAUCGGUGAAAUUUCUGUGUGCUGGCCUGGAGAGUCCAAACUGUAAACUGGAGACUCUGAGAUUGAAGAAGUGCAAGCUAUCAGAGGUCAGCUGUUCUUCUCUGGUCUCAGCUCUGAAGUCCAACCCCUCUCUUCAGAAACAUCUGAGACAUCUGGUCCUGAGUGGGAACAGUCUGCAGGACUCAGGAUUUCAGCAGCUGUGUGGUUUUCUGGCGAGUCAACUCUGUAGUUUGGAGACUCUGAGGUUGAAAGACUGCGGUCUGUCAGAGAUCAGCUGUUCUUCACUGGCCUCAGCUCUGAAGUCCAACCCCUCCCUCCUGAAACAUCUGAAACAUCUGGACCUGAUUGGGAACCAGCUGCAGGACUCAGGAGUUGAGCAGCUGUGUGGUUUUCUGGAGAGUCCACUCUGUAGUCUGGAGACUCUGAGCUUGUUUAACUGCGGUCUGUCAGAGAUCAGCUGUUCUUCUCUGGCCUCAGCUCUGAAGUCCAACCCCUCCCUCCUGAAACAUCUGGAGCAUCUGGACCUGAGUUUCAACCAUCUUCAGGAUUCAGGAGUUGAGCAGCUGUGUGGUUUUCUGCAGAGUCCACUCUGCGGUCUGCAGACUCUGAGGUUGUUUAAGUGCAGACUGUCAAAGAUCAGCUGCUCUUCUCUGGCCUCAGCUCUGAAGUCCAACCCCUCCCACCUGAAGGAGCUCGACCUGCGCGACAACCAGCUGCAGGAUUCAGAUGUGGAGCUGCUUCUUGAUCUUGAGCAGAGUCCAGAGUGCAGCCUGCAGACUGUGAGGUGGAUGAUCUGAGAACAGAGGGGAUGCUGUGUGAAGAUCAGAAGAUCUAAAAUGAAAGAUCGCUGCAGUGGCUCCGGCACAGCACAAAUACUGAUAAUGACUCAGUCCUUCCCUCAUUUCUGCCUCACUGCUGGAAAUUCAUCCCUGAUCCCCUCCUCUCACAUCCACAACCUUAGACUUUGACACCAACCUCACGUUUGAUCAGCUCAUCAAACAGGUCCCAAAAACGACUGGUUCUUCGCUGCCCGUUUCGGACUCACAUUGACUAUAUGCAUCAGUGUCUGUCAUGGCUACAUGUGGAGAAGAGACUACAGAGGAAUCUUGGAAUAUUUUUUCAGAAUAUACGGAUAAAAAUUAAACCUAGGCCUCUGUAUCGAAAAAUUAUCUAUGCUCAUGAUCGCCAUUCUCAUAUUUCAGAUUACAUAUCGCUUCCUAAGGCUCAAUCAGGGCCAAUGCAAAGAACAGUGAUGUACAGGGCAGCCAGUCUGUGGAAUAAGUUACCUUUAGCUGUAAGAAAGGAGAACAACAUAAAAGCUUUUAAAACUAUGGUCACAGAAAUUUUCAAAGCUUUAUUGUAUUGUUGGUGCAUUCUUAGUAUUUGUUUUAUGUUUUAAUUGUAUCAUUGCCUUCUUCUAUCUGGUUUCUUCUAUUUAAUUGUGUGUAUAUACUCCUUUUACUUCUUUUACUUCUUUUUUUCUUGUAUUCAACUGUUUAAUGGUUUUAUGCACUGCGUUUUAUGAGUGUUUGUUUUAUCUGUUCUGUUCACUGUUUUGUGUACUUUACUCACGUUCUUAUUACUAAAGUUAUAAUUGUUUCGUGCAGUUAUGGACCCCAGGAAGACUAGUUGUCACCCUGGUGGCAGCUAAUGGGGAUCCAAUCUCUCUCAAAUCUCACUUAAAAACAUACCUGUUUAUAUUCAGUCUGUUUCGGUUCUUAUAUUUUGCCCUGUAAAUUAUC